AAAGUUUUCAAAAGAAACAAGAAAAUUUCUUGUCACAAUUGAUUUGUCGUCGUCUGACGUUUAGUGCCGCCGGGUUUUCAUUUUGUAUUCGUCAUCCGUUCAUACGGAUCCGUAAUGAUUGUUCAAUUUGUUUUGUCUCCUUAGUUGAACACGAACAACUAUUCAUCUUUUGAUUGAUUUGAUAACUUUAUUGUUGCCAUUUGUUUCAUCAACAUCAGGCCAAGAACAUGAAAAGAUUCAACAUGUCCGCUGUACAGACAAUUUAUUCUUUAUUGUUUUUACUAUUAUUAUCGUCAGAGCAAUUAAUUGCUCAAAUAUCGAACACAAAUAUUGAUAAAAUAUUAAUGUUGAAUAAAAUCAUUGCAGCUAACAAUAAAACUAUAUCAUCGGCAGCUGAACGACGAAAAGCAGUUACGAUCGGCCUAAAUCGUUGGAUUCGUCCAUUGACCAUACAGGUUCCGGAUGUUAUUAGCAAUUUAUUGCCCAGUUCAUCGAAUAUAAUCAAAGUUCAUGAUACUACAACACGUUCGACAAAUAAAACGCAAACGGAAAAAACAACAUCUUCCACCAAAGAAAUGAUGAAUACGAAUAAUAACAAUCCAUUCAUGAAUUAUGAUCCGAUGAAAUUAUUGAAUGAUUUUGAUCAACAGCCGAAUAUUUUCACUAAACAACCAUAUACGGGUACUACUGGACAAAGCAUGUUAAAAUAUAUGCCAAAUUCAUCGUCAUUUCUGGAUGAAGGCACAAUCGGUGAUAUGAAUGGUGCAAUGAUACCAUUGAAUAUAAUGCCAACACAAAUGAUGAAUAUGAUGUCAUUACAACAACAACAACAACAACCACAACAUUAUAUGGAUUAUGGCCAUCACCAUCAACAAACAUUAUGGACAAGACCAAUUAAUCCAUCGUCAUUAUCAUCGAGUAGAAAACCAAAUAUGGCAAACUUUCAAUCAAUUGAAUCAAAUGGAGGCAGAAAUCGUUAUGUUGAUAAUUUUAGUCAAAGUAAUAACGAUGAUGAUUCAAAAGUUCAACAAUCACCAAUAAAAAUUGAGUCAUCUAAAAAUUAUAUGUCAUCACCAACUUCGUCAUCACCAUGGAAUGAUGAUGAUAUGAAAACAACUGGAAAUUUCGGAACAACAUCUUCCAUAGGAAGACAUAUGGAUCAAUCUGAUAAAUCAAAUGAAAAAUCGCCAAGGCCCGAUGAUUCAGUUGAAAAAAUGAAUUAUUAUAAAAAAUUAUUCGAUUCAUUUGAUGAUGAUACAAACUCAUUCGGAGAUUUAUUUUCUUCACCAACAAAACAACCUCAAUAUCACCGUAAUCAUAAUCACAACAAUCAACAGUCUCAUUCACAAGAUGAUUAUCCACAGACACAGAAUCAUCCGGAAUCAUCACAUAAUGAACAAGCAGAUUUUUUUCAUGAGUCGACAAUGACAAAAGGACUUAAUCAAUUGGAGUCGAAUGAUGAACAUCGAACCCAUUCCGAUUCAUUGAUGCAGCAAUCACAUUAUAGUCCGAAUUAUUUUGGCAAUAAUGAAAAUAAAAAAUAUCUUUCAGCGGCGGCCAGUUCAAUCGAACCGAUUAUUGUACCAGGACCAAAAGGAUUUUCAAAGGAAAUAAAAUCGAACGAACAACAGAAACCACCUGGGUUAUCAUUGAAUUCGAUACCAUCAAUGAUAUUACCAAUGAUGAUUCGUGAUACAUUGCCAGAUCAUCAUAUAAAAACUAAUCAUCCACGACCUGUAGCUAGUCGAUUUAAGGAAUUUUUCAAAAAUUUGAUCAAUACCAAAUUGUGAAAUUUUUUCUAAAAUCAAAAGAUUGAAUUUUUUUUUCUGCUU